GGGCAUACAAUGUCGUUUUCGGCCUCUUCCAAGCGCCGUACUACGCGUUCUCCCAGACGAUGAUGGCUGAGCUGACGCCGCCCGGCUUUGACAACAUGUUCUUCGGACUCUUUGGUCUCUCGAACCGCGCCAGCUCGAUGAUCGGACCGAACGUGAUCCAGGCCAUCAUUGACUCUUCUGGGAACAACUGGAUGGGCUUUCCAUUCUUGUUCGCACUGUGCGCUUGCGCGUCGCUGGUCAUCUGGUUCGCAGUAGAUGUGGAGAAAGGCCGCAGAGAUGCUGUGGCCUGGGCGGAAUCGAUCAGGGAAGAUGCAACUGCAAGGAUCCAGUAGCAUCUUCCGUAUUAGGCUCGCUUCCGCCCAUUAGUGGUUUCAGCAGAGUCUCCUAUAAGUAUUCAGAGUCAUCUACUAUGGAGGCUGGAAUUGAUAUAUGGAGAACCGCUCAGAGUUUCAAAUUUGACAGUUGCAACAGGCGAUAGCUGUGAUCUCUGAUGAUUACUAUUGAUCACAACGGUCCGGACAGACGGCAACGGUCCAGAUAAUCGAGUUGCACUCUCUUAUUUCGCGACUUGUUGCCUAGGAAUUUGCUUCAACUCACUACUGUACAUGUAAACUCAAUGUAUGAGAAGUGGCUACGGAAUCCAUGCAGAAG